UUCUGUAGAAAAUUCAUCAGGUCUGGCUGGCAGGAAACCAGACAGGCUAGGCCUGUUUCCGAGAUGUGAGCAGCUGACAUCCGCCAGCUAGAAUUGACUUCUCUUAUGAGUGAAGAACCACAGGAAGCACCGGACUCACCCACGAAAGGACUCACCAGACCAAGAGCCCGGGGCCACCGUUCAGUAUGGCCGAGACCCCUGCUGACCCAGGCGAAAAAGAUAACAUUUUCCUCCUGGAAGAACCGCGAAGGCUAAUGGUGCCUGAAUCCUGGGCUCAGGCACUCACUAAGCCCCGUGGUCUGUGCCUGGAGGUGCUUCAAGUUCUUGUCUCGUUGAAUCCUUACGACAAUCAUUGAAGUACCCACUGCCGUGGAGUCAAUUCCAACUCAUAGCGACCCGAUAGGACAGAGUGGAACCGCUUCACUGAAGCGACCUGGAGCAAAAAAUUCUGCAGGUGCUGCGGGAGGCUGCCUCCCCCGUGAAGACUGUCCAGCUGGUGAGGAAAUGCCAAGUGUCCAAGAAGGAGCUCAACCAAGUCCUCUACCGAAUGAAGGCUGUGUCGACAGUCACCCUCACAGGCCCCGCCACCUGGUGCUUGCCUGGGGAUGGAACUGGAGCCGUGAUUCCCUCAGAGCUGGCCGAGGCAGGGCCCAGCCGUGGUAACCGGCCAUCGGAGGAGGCGGCCCAGAAACCCCUGCAAACCGCAGCCAACAUUCCCCGGAGCCUGGGGUCCCCACUCAGUGAGCGGGAGGAAGCAAUUUACAGACUGCUGGCAGCGGAUGGGCCCCGGGGCGCCCUGAACAUCGCCCAGGCCCUGGGAAUGAAGACUGCGAAAGAUGUCAACCCAGACUUGUAUGCAAUGAGGAGUAAGCACCUCCUAAGUCUUGACCAGAACUCAAAGACAUGGGCGAUUUAUCGACCAGAAGAUUCUGGAAGGAAAAAUCAGUCCUUUGAAAAUAUUUACCAGCAAAGUACAGUCAACAUGAUCGUCCAGACCGGAUCCAGCUGCCACAUUUCCAUUAAUAACUCUAAGGGCAUCCAGAUCGGACACACUAACAUCAUGCAGGAACCCACAGCCUCUGAGGAGAGAGGCUCCACGGCACCUCCCCAACCACCUCCAACGGCGCCAGGUGAUCCCUCAAUGCAGGAGGCCCCGGCCAGUGCCUGGGGAUCGCGGGACAUCUAUAUGCUGCACUGCAAACAGGUGCAGCUAGGACACCACAACAAGAUGAGCCUCCACGGCACCCUGGACGAAAGCCCUGCCUAUACCCCCACAAGAAGCCCCCCAGUUUCUGUCACCCCUAGCGCAGAGGCCUCAUUUAAACAGCAGAUGCCCAAACCAGGACCUCAGUCAGAGGGGAACGAGCCCCAGAAAGUCCACAUGAAGCGUGCGAGGACACCACUGUCAGCAAAAGUAACAAAAAUGACUGACGGGUCAGCUGGUCUGGAAGGAAACAAGAAGGACCUUGGGGAGCUGAGGGAGAAUGAAGAUGCUGGUCCCGCGCGAUCUGAUAGCGAUUUCCAGGGCGACGUCGGCCAGGCCACCCCUGGCGUCAUCACCACGCUCAACUCCAAGAUGGAAGCCCUGACUCUUGGAAGCGGGGACGCCACACCUGCAGACGACAGAGCCCCCAAGGAGGGAAGUUAGUGGGAGGUGGGAUGAGGACAAGCUGCCGCCAGCGGUGUGGACUCGUGGGAGAGCCGGAGGAGGCGAGUGCUGGAACUCUGGGCAGUGUGGUCCCAGUCCCAUAAACGCCUUUUUGUCCCCUCUGCUUCCUGAUGCGUCCACUGAAUCAGCAUUUGGGGCUGGAUUUGGGGUUGCAGUGGCUCUGGCAGGUGUCUUCUCGGGCAAGGGACGGACAAACAGGACUACCUUGGAGCCCCUCGUGUGCUGAGGGAGGGUGGUCCACCUGGCGUCCCCACACCCCGUGGGCCCACUUCACGGCUCCUUCGACCCUGGCCACCCGCUCUCCUCACUCAAGACCUGGCUUCCCAAGACCCAUCCUGGCCAUCCAACCUCUUGGCGACCAUCUGGGCUUUCUAGAACCUUCUCGACUCAGCCUCGGUCUCUCGGCUGAGCUUCAAGACGACAGAUCCCUCCGCCAGGCCCCGUGGAAGCCAUUGGGCGCCUGUAGGUCAGGUGACCUCUCCUAGCCAAUCAGCAGGAUUGUUCAACAUGUUCAACAUGGCCGCCAGGGCCGCCGGUUCGCAAAGGCCGAGUUCCCCAAAAGAGGCGUGGGCACCGAGAUACUGCCAGUGAAAACCGAUGGCCAGGCCGGGGACGGGGGACUCUUGGGGACGGAGCAUGAUGGGAGAUAGCUUUUAGACAUGGAAAAGAGGAUGGAGGAGGAUACAGGAAAGCAGAGAUCAGCCAGGUGGUACACGGUGGGGCAGGCCUGACACCCUCAACGCAGGCACGCUCACACGCACGCGCACACCUCAGGCAGACCCCUCUGACGCGGGCCAGUGAAGGCCCAGCCCGUGAGGCUGACUCAGUGCAAGGGGUCAGUGGGGAAGGCCGUUGAACAAGCCCAGGUAUCCGCUCCCAGCUUGACUGAGAGGGUCUCAGAGCAGGUGCCAGCACAUAUGGUGUGCCUCUUAAAGGCAGAGUGCAGGGACACUGAGCUUCUGAAUGCAGACAUUCCUGAAGUGCUUUUGUCCCUGCACUUGUCCGUUAGAAGACCUUUGGUGCUGAAACCAGCCGAGUCAGAUUUCCGCUCCCCUACUACAGCUUGUUCCUCUGGCCUCUCCUGCCCCCUUUCCUUAGCUCUUGCUGCUUGGCCUUCAGGUCCCAGCUGAGACUGACCUCAUACAGGCAGUCUCUUCAGGUGCCCAGUCUAACCUGAGUGGGUUCGAACCACUAAUUUUUAAAUUAAUAGUCUAGCGCAAACUGGGUUCCAGUUGCCAGUGAGUUGACUCUGACUCAUGGUGACCCCGUGUGUGUCAGAGUAGAACUGGGUUCCACAGGGGUUUCAAUGGCUUGUUUUUCAAAAGUAGAUUGCCAGGCCUUUCUUUUGAGGCACUUUGGGUGGACUCAAACCACCUACAAGCUCCCUGAUAAGCUCUCCAGGAGGUGCCAGACUUUCUUCCAAAUUAAAUACCAAGCCCAUUGCCAUCGAUUCAAUUUGUACUCAUAGCAAUCCUAUAGGACACAGCAGAACUGCCUAAUAGGGUUUCUAAGGCUGUAAUCUUUAUGGAAGUAGAUGUCACAUCUCCCCCCCGCCCCCCCCCCAAGUGACUGGUGGGUUUGAACAGCCAGUCUUUCUGUCAGCAGCCAAGCACUUAACCACUGCACCACCCGGCCUCCUUUUUCCCAAAUUACAGCCAAGAAAACCCCAUGGAGCAGUUCUACACUAUAACACAAGGAAUGGCCAUGAGUUGGAAUCAACUGGAUGGCAACAGUUUUGUUUCUUUUGUUUAAUGGGGGCAAACUUAUUUCAAACACCGUGGUGAUCAUUCCUUCCUGGGAUGUCUGGUCUGCAAACUCAAGCCACCAGAUAUGAGGAUGGGUUGAACUUAAGGUUGGUUUGCUGCUUCUGGGAUUGCCUUUCCUCUGUGGUGAGCUGAAAACCAUUCGCUUACCUCAGAGUUUGCCCAAGGUCUGUGGUUAACAGGCCCCAUAUCAGCCAGGAGAUAAAAAUGGACUCUCAGAACGCCGGCUGAUCCACCACCUGCGUCCUCUCCGUUCCCAGCAGCACUAUCCACCUGGCAGUGAGAUUCCCCCCUCUGCACAAUUAAUUUGUCAUAAACACACUGACAAGGCAUUGCUGCCAGUUGGUGGGGCUGGAGGUGAAGGUCAACGCUGCUCUCUUCAGGAAGGAAAUGAACUAGCUACCGUGAAGAGCAGAAAAUAAUUAAGUCCCAUUUUUUUUUACCACCACACACUGCCCCCACCCAGCCCUUACUCUCACCAGCUCACCCACCCACCUGCCCCUCCCAGGACAGGUGCAAACAGAACUUGCAACCUCCAGAGUUGAGUGGGGGGAGGAGAAAUUCACCCGAUAACUUGGAAAUGGCUUUCCAAAACCACCACAACCUGCUUACAAAUACAGUUCUGUUUUCUCAUCUCAGGUGUUUUCUUCCUCUCAGAUGAGCCCAGGCAGGACUCCUCAGCUGUGGGGUCUUAGCAGCCAGCCAAGAUCAGAGGCUUAGAGCAGCAAAAAGAAUCUAGGAGGAAGUCAGGAGCAACUUGGCUGCAGUGACAGAAACCUAGCUCACUGUGGCUUAAACAGAGGGAAUAUAUUUACUCAUGUAAAUGGAAAAUCCAGGGAUAACUAAUUUCAGGAAUGGCUGGAUCCAAGACUCUUUCUCUCCAUCUCUCUGAGAGACUCUGUCCGUGUGCAUUUCAAAAAUGAAAUGCAAUGCAUAAACAUUGAUAUUCUAGGCAUUAGUGAGCUGAAAUGAACCGGUCUUGGCCAUUUUGAAUAAGACAAUCAUAUGGUCUACAAUGCCAAGAAUGUCAAAUUGAAGAGGAAUGGCAACACAUUCAUCAUCAAAAAGAACAUUUCAAGAUCUAUUCUGAAGUACAAUGCUGUCAGUGAUAGAAUAAUAUCCAUACGGCUACAAGAAUGACCAUUUAAUACGACUGUUAUUCAAAUUUACGCACCAACCACUAAGGCCAAAGAUGAAGUAAUUGAGGAUUUUUACCAACUUUUGCAGUCUGAAAUUGCUCAAACAUGCGAUCAGGAUGCAUUGAUGAUCACUGGUGAUUGGAAUGCAAAAGUUGGAAACAAAGAAGGAUCGGUUGUUGGAAAAUAUGGCCUUGGUAAUAAAAACGAUGAAAUCGCAUGGUAGAGUUUUGCAAGACCAACAACUUCUUCAUUGCAAAUACCUUUUUUCACCAACAUAAACGGUGACUAUACACAUGGACCUCACCAGAUGGAAUACACAGGAAUCAAAUAGACUACAUCUAUGGAAGAGUUCAAUAUCAUCAGUCAGAACAAGACUGGGGCCUGACUGUGGAGCAGACCAUCAAUUGCUCAUCUGCAAAUUCAAGCCGAAGUUGAAGAAAAUUACAAGUCCGUGAGAGUCAAAGUACGACCUCAAGUAUAUCCCACCUGGAUUUAGAGACCAUCUCAAGAAUAGAUUUGACACAUUGAACACUAAUGACUGAAGACCAGACGAGUUGUGGAGUGACAUCAAGGACGUCAUACAUGAAGAAAGAAACAGGUCUUUAAAAAGACGGGAAAAAAAAAGAGAAAAAACCAAAAUGAAUGUCAGAAGAGACUUUGUAACUUGCUCUUGAACCAUAGAGUAGCUAAAAUGGACGGAAGAAAUGAUGAAGUCAAAGAGCCGAACAGAAGAUUUCAAAGAGCUGCUUGAGAAGGCAAAGUAUUAUAAUGAAAUGUGCAAAGACCUGGAGAUAGAAAACCAAAAGGGAAGAACAUGUCUCAAGUUGAAAGAGCUGAAGAAAAAAUUCAAGCCUUGAGUUGCAACACUGAAGGAUUCUAAGGGUAAAUAUGAAAUGAUGCAGGAAACAUCAAAAGAAGAUGGAAGGAAUACACAGAGUACUGUACCAAGAAGAAUUGAUUGACAUUCAAUGAUUACAGGACGUAGCAUGUAAUCAAGAACCUAUGGUACUGAAGGAAGAGGUCCAAGUUGCACUGAAGGUGUUGGUGAAAAUCAAAACUCCAGGAAUUGACAGAAUACCAAUUGAGGUGCUUCAACAAAUGGAUGCAGUGCUGAAGUGCUCACUCGUCUAUGCCAAGAAAUUUGGAAGGUAGCUACCGGCCAACCAACCGGAAGAGAUCCAUAUUUGCGCCAAUUCCAAAGAAAGGUGAUCCAACAGAAUGUGGAAAUUAUUGAACAGUAUUUUUAUCACUAAUAUCACACACAAGUAAAAUUUUGCCAAAGAUCAUUCAAAAGUGGUUGCAACCAUCCAUUGACAGGUAACUACCAGAAAUUCAAGCUGGAUUCACAAGAGGAUGUAGAACCAGGGCUAUCAUUGCUGAUGUCAGAUGGAUCCUGGCUGAAAGCAGAGAAUACCAGAAAGAUGUUUACCUGUGACUAUGCAAAGGCAUUCGACUGUGUGGAUCAUAACAAAUCGUGGAUAACAUUUCAAAGAAUGAGAAUUCCAGAACACUUAAUUGUGCUCAUGAGGAGCCUGUACUUAGAUCAAGAGGCAGUCAUUCGAACAGAACAAAGGGGAUACUGCAUGGUUUAAAGUCAGGUAAAGUACAUGUCAGGGUUGUAUCCUUUGACCAUACUUAUUCAAUCUGUAUGCUGAGCAAAUAAUCCAAGAAGCCGGGCUAUAUGAAGAAGAACGGGGCUUCAGAGUUGGAGGAAGACUCGUUAACAACCGACAUUAUGCAAAUGACAUGACUUUGUUUGCUGAAACUGAAGAAGACUUGAAGCACUUACUGAUGAAGAUCAAAGACCACAGCCUUCAGUAUGGAUUACAGCUCAACAUAAAGAAAACAAAAAUCCUCACAACUGGACCAAUAAGCAACAUCAUGAUAAAUGGAGAAAAGAUUGAAGUUGUCAAGGAUUUCCUUUUACUUGGAUCCACAAUCUACACCCAUGGGAGCAGCAGUCAAGAAAUCAGAGGACCCAUUGCAUGGGGUAAAUCUACUGCAAAAGAUGUCUUUAAAGUGUUAAAAAACAAAGAUGUCACCUUGAAGACUAAGGUGUGCCUGACCCAAGCCAUGGUGUUUUCAAUAGCUUCAUAUGCAUGGGAAAGCUGGACAAUGAAUAAAGAAGACGGAAGAAGAAUUGAUGUCUCUGAAUUAUGGUUUUGGAGAAGAAUAUUGAAUAUACUAUGGACUGCCAAAAGAAUGAACAAAUCUGUCUUGAAGGAAGUACAGCCAGCAUGCUCCUUAAAAGCAAGGAUGGUGAGACUACAUCUCACAUACUUUGGACAUGUUGUCAGCAGGGAUGAGCCCCCUGGAGAAGGACAUCAUGCUUGGUAAAGUAGAGGGUCAGCAAAAAAGAGGAAAAUCCUCAGUAAGAUGGAUUGACACAGUGGCUGCAACAAUGUGCUCAAGCAUAACAACGAUCAUGAGGAUGGUGUAGGACCAGGCCAUAUUUUGCUCUGUUGUACAUAGGGGCGCUAUGAGUCGGAACUGAAUCGAUGGCACCGAACAACAACAGCACAUAAAAAAAAGUAUUUUCACCAGACAUCUGAGAAAAGCUUCCAAUAAGAAGUUCAGACAAAAGGUAAACAAACAUAGAAAAGGAGGAAAUAGAGAAAAUGCAGUGAACAGAAGAAAACUUCACAAGCUCUGUCAUUAACAGUCUCCAAGGGAGGAGUGGGUAUCGUGCCCAGGUAACAUGAAUGGUUUGCUCAGAAAAAGGAAAUUCAGGAGAACAAGGACAAGUUCCUUGGCAUUAUAAGUAUGAAAGUUGGAAAUUUUAAAAAAGCAAUAGCAGAGUUGGAAGAAAAAGUUAAGAAAAAUUUCCCAGAUAGUGAAGAUUUAUUUUUUAACGGGCAGUAAGGAGGAGGGGAGGAGAGGUGAAAAUUAGAAGAUCAAUUGAGCAAGGCCUAUGUUUCAUAAAUAGAAAGUAUGUAAAAAGCUGUAGUUGUUGUUAGUGGCCAUGAAGUAGUUCCUGGCUCAUGGCGACCCCAUGUGUGCAGAGUGCAACUUUUCCACAAGGUUUUCAGGGCUAUGACCUUUUGGAAGCAGAUUGCCAGGCCUUUCUUCUGAGACACUUCUGGGUGGGUUUUGAACUGCCAACUCUCAGCUAGUAGUCGAGCAUUUAGCCAUUUGCACCACUCAGGGACCCCAUGGAAAAAGUGGAAGGUAUGAAUUAUCAAACAAAUGACACACACACAAAGAAUUCCCAGAAUGGAAGCCCAUGAGUUUCUAGAUGGGAAGGUCCUCCUAGCACUCGGUGCAAUGAAUGCAAAAGCCCCACCAAGGCAUCUGUUAUGAUUCGGAAAACUAGGCUAAUGAGGAGACUCUAAAAGUCUUUGGAGAUGAAAUGAAAAUGGUUCCCUACCAAAAAAAAAAAAAUUGUUGGAAUCAAAAUCUCAGGGUGGCUCAAUGUCAACAUGGCAGUUGGAAGACAAUGUCUUCAGAAUUCUUCAGGAAAAUGCCUUUUUCCCCAGCUUUGCCAUCCCCCUGCUCAAGUGAGAGGACAGAUAAGGACCUUUUCCAGUGCAGCAGCCCACAGGCUCUCCUUCCACAUCCCUUUCUCAGAAAGAAACUGGUGGACCCUGUCGUGGAUUGAACUGUGCCUUCCAAAAAGGUAUACUCAAGUGCUAACCCCCAGUAGCUGUGAACGUGACCUUGUUUGGAAAUAGGGUCUUUGACAGUGUUAUCAGUUAAUGUGCGGUCAUACUGGAGUCAAGAAGCCUUGGUGGUACAGUGGUUAAGCCCUCGGCUGCUAACCGAAAGUUCAGCGGUUCAAAUCCACCAGCCACUCCAUGGGAAGAUGUGGCAGUCUGCUUCUGUAAAGAUUACAGCCUUGGAAACCCUAUGAGGCAGUUCUACCCUGUCCUAUAGGGUCUCUAUGAGUCGAAAUCGACUCAACAGUGAUGGGUUCAUACUGGAGGUGGAUCCUAACCCACCCAAGUGGUGUUCUAUAGAAAAGACACAAAAAGACAGAGUCCAUGGCCUGGCUCUCGAUGCCUCGCCCUGCUCCCAGUGGUCAGCGUCCCUGUUUCACCUGCUCAUCCACCACCCCUGCACCCCCAGGUCCCUCUGACCCUUGCCUACAUCAGUUGCACCCCAUCAGCUUCUCCAGGAAGCCCAAGAACUGGGGUGCCAGAGGGGUAGCUGUCCCUUACCUGGGUUGCAGAGCCCCCAGGAGCUCCACUGAGGGAGGGCCUGAGCCAGGGACAGCAGAGCCAGUGCCCCCUGCUGGUGGAGGGCAUGGGGAGGGUGCUGGCUGAGGAGCCUGGAGCCAAGGCUUCAAGGUUAAAGACAGGAGUCUUGGCUCUGCCCUCCCAGUUUGUGCCCCCGCCAACACACACAGCAGGCCACUUAACCACUCUGUGCCUUAGCCUUCUCAUCUGCAGAAUGGGCCGGGAGGCAACUGAAGUGCCCCCCUUGAAGUUAGUGAGAGUGAGAUGCUGUGAUACGUGUGUGUCAGCCAACGAAAGGACUCAAGAAAGAGUGACUGCAGUUCGGUGUCCCCACCUGUUCAGUGUCCCCACUUGCCAGAUGCUGCCCCAAGGUACAUGUGGAGAUGUUUUUGGAGGGUGUGCUACUGGCAUCUAGUGGGUAGGGGCCAAGAAUGAGCAAACCAAAACCCAUUGCCAUCAAGUCAAUUCUGACUCAUAGUGGCCCUACAGGACUGAGUGAACUGCCCCACAGGGUUUCCUAGGAGCAGCUGGGGGAUCCCAACUGCCGACCUUUUGGUUAGCAGCUGAGCUCUUAACCACUGUGCCACCAGGGCUGCAAAGGCCAGGAACACUGCUUGUAUUUGCUUUUCAUGGUGGCUACAAGAAAUCAUCACAUACAUGGUAGCUAAAAAACGGCACACAUGUAUUCUCUUACAGCUCUGGAGGUCAGAAGUCCAGAAGGGGUUUCACAGGGCUAAAUCAGGGUGUUGGCAGGGCUGGCUCCUUCUGGAAGCUGUAGGGCAGAAUUGAGUCUUUGCCUUUUCCAGCUUCUAGAAAACCAACCAAACCAAACCCAUUGCCAUCAAGUUGAUUCUGACUGAUAGCAAUGCUAAGGACAGAGUAGAGCCACCCCACAGAAUUUCCAAGGAGCGCCUGGUGGAUUCAAACUGCGACCUCUUGGUUAGCAACCAUAGCUCUCAACCACUCCACCACUAGGGUUUCCCAGCUUCUAGAAGCCGCCUGGUUGUUUGGCGCAAGGCCCCUUUCUCAUGUUCAAAGUCAGUUGCACCACUUCUUCCAAUCUCUCUUCCAAUCUCAGUCUCUUUCUCUCUCUGACCCACCUGUCUGCCUCUUCUGAGGACCAUUGUGAUUACACUGGCCUACCUGGAUAACCCAGGAUCAUUUCCCGAUAUCAAGAGCCGUAAUCACACCUGCAAAGUCUGUUUUGUUUCCUGAGGUAACAUAGGUUCCGGGGUUAGGACCAGUCUGUCUUUGGAGAGCUAUUACUGAGCCCACCACACUGCUAAACAUCCUACAAUGCACAGGACAGUCCCCACAGUGGAGAACCAACCAGCUCCAAAUGUCCUAGGUGACGUUGUCAUUAAUGUUAUGGAGAUUAAAGAAAAAUGCGGCUUCUCAUGGCAGCGGCAGGUGUGCCCACUGUGUACUGAGGCCUCCU